UUGUUAAAUAUUGCAAGAAUCUUAACAUUUUCUCAUCAAUUCUCUAACUUCAAAAGAAAAAGAAAAAAGAAUGGGAUCAACAGGUGAAACUCAAAUAACACCAACACAAGUAUCGGAUGAAGAAGCAAACCUAUUUGCUAUGCAACUAGCAAGUGCUUCAGUACUACCAAUGGUCCUUAAAUCCGCCAUUGAGCUUGACCUGCUUGAAAUCAUGGCGAAAGCCGGUCCGUCCGCACUUCUUUCGCCGUCUGAACUCGCUUCUCAGCUACCCACAACGAACCCCGAAGCACCCGUCAUGUUGGACCGCAUCUUGCGGCUUCUGGCUAGCUACAACGUUCUUACUUGUUCUUUAAGAACUCUUGGUGAUGGUAAAAUUGAGAGGCUUUAUGGAUUAGGACCAGUUUGCAAAUUCUUGAUUAAGAAUGAAGAUGGUGUCUCUAUUGCUGCUCUUUGUCUGAUGAAUCAGGAUAAAGUUCUCAUGGAAAGCUGGUACCAUUUGAAAGAUGCUAUUCUCGAUGGAGGCAUUCCAUUCAACAAAGCUUACGGAAUGACAGCAUUCGAUUAUCACGGAACAGAUCCAAGAUUCAAUAAGGUGUUCAAUAAAGGAAUGUCGGAUCACUCGACAAUUACAAUGAAGAAAAUUCUCGAAACUUACAAAGGUUUUGAAGGUUUGAGUUCAGUUGUUGAUGUUGGUGGCGGGACUGGAGCGGUACUUAGUAUGAUCGUAUCUAAAUAUCCUUCUAUAAAGGGUAUUAACUUUGAUUUGCCUCAUGUCAUUCAAGAUGCUCCUUCUUAUCCUGGAGUGGAACAUGUUGGUGGAGACAUGUUUGUUAGUGUACCUAAAGGAGAUGCCAUUUUCAUGAAGUGGAUAUGUCAUGACUGGAGCGACGAGCACUGCUUGAAGUUUUUGAAAAACUGUUACAAUGCGCUCCCGGAAAAUGGAAAGGUUAUAGUUGCAGAGUGCAUACUUCCGGUUGCACCGGACAAUAGUCUUGCGACGAAGGGAGUGGUUCAUAUAGACUGCAUAAUGUUGGCUCAUAACCCUGGCGGCAAAGAACGGACUCAGAAAGAAUUUGAAGCUUUAGCUAAGGGAGCUGGCUUUCAAGGUUUUCAAGUAAUGUGUUGUGCUUUCAAUUCCUAUAUCAUCGAAUUCCUCAAGAAUGCAUAGUAACUCGGUUGUAAUUGUCACUUGGUUUUUACUAUUGAAUAAAAAAACAUAAAUAUUUCUCA